AUGUAUCUGUAUUUGAAAUUGUUCAUUACAAUGAUAAUUCUAACUAUUGUUAGAAAUUCAACAGCUGAUAUUCCCAACUGUAACUAUAUCGAUACCGUUGAUAUUUCGGAUUCAAAAAAAGCCAACGAUACUUAUCUAUUUAAUGGCAUCGAAAUCAGCGGUAAUAUAACGAGGGAGUAUAGUUAUAGGGAGUUAACAGAUGGAUCAUUAGAGCCAGUGAAACCCCAUUUAAGAGCCUGUAUUUGUAAACUGAAGACCUGUGUCCGAAUCUGCUGUCCCCAAAAAAAUAUGUUGGACCAAGGAAAGUGCGAUGGCACUAAUGAGAAAAUUAGUUUAGCGAUGAUAAAUCUAACUUUAAAUGAAGUUAUUAAAAUAAAACCAACUGAAAUGGAGCUAAGAUUGGCAACGCAGUCCAAUUUUACAGAUUUCCUUGGGCUAAGAGAUAAGUUCCGAAGGUUCGACGAAGUGCUAAGCGUAAAAGAAGAUGAGUACUCGAUACUAAAGGACGGAUCCAUAGUUUUAUACAACCAUAAUGAAGUCUGGACCAAAGAGGUAUACUGUCUCUAUUCCAAGUUGAAUUCUGAUUUAUGGAUUGCUAAGCACAAGUACAAAACCGCUCAACCGCCAGCGACCAUCGAGAUCCAAGCGAUAUCCCUGAUAUUCUGUUUCGUCACGUUGUUAGUGUAUUUGUUCGUAAAAAAGCUUCGGAAUGUUCUUGGCAAGUGCCUUAUUUCUACUUUAUUCAGCUUGCUCAUAUAUUGGCUUCUUUUCAUACUGGAAGAAUUGAAUUUAUUGAACCAAAUUUGCCAAUUAGCAGCUUACAGCAGAUACUUUUGCAUGAUAUCCUGCAAUCUCUGGUACUCAGUGAUCAGCUUUCAUUUGUGGAAAUUAUUGACGUCUAUGAAUCGUGAGGAACCUCGUUAUCAGUUUGUUACCUACAGUGCCUUUGGUUGGUGUACGGCCUCUAUUUCAACAGGAGUUAUUUAUAUAUUGAAUCGAUACUGGGAAGAUCUCCAUAAAUGGAACUGGAUGCCAUUAGUUGGCUAUUCUGGAUGCAGUGUGAAAGGUUGGGGCCCCUACGUCUGGAUAUACUUUCAGGGACCAAUACUGAUGCUAAACAUUUUUAAUGUGAUCGUGUUUAUUCUAACGGUCAUUCAUAUUUGGAAAGUUAAGAGCGAGCUGAGAAAGUUUAAACAAGAUGAGGAGAGGACAAUACAAUGCUUCGAUUUUGACACUGAGACUAUUUCUGAGCCAGUCUAUUAUUUUUUGCACUAUGCGGAUCGAUGUUUUGGAAUUCUCGUGUUUGUGCUGCUUAUUCUUAAGCGCAGCACCCUCAAACUAAUCAUGGAGGGAAUUCGGAAAAACCGGUAA